AACCCACAGAUCUAGAAACCUCAAUUUGUAAUCGUUUCGUCGCACUCGCGAUGGCGCCCCCGUCGAUCCCGCCCACGCGCGGCGUCUUCGUCCGGCUCGGGGACCAAGUCGCGAAGCCGUGGUUCCCGUUAGUCAUCAUCGCGCUCAGCGCCGCGUCGUGCUUCGCCAUCUUCCUCUCCGGCGCGGUCACGGCGCUCUUCAUCAGCGCGUGCGUCGCGCGCGGCAAAGGCCGUUUCGCGCACGUCGCGCUCGCGAAUGCGCUCGGCGUCGCGUUGGGGUUCGGGAUCUUCAUCGUCAUCGUGAAGCAGCGCGGCAUGGACGCGAUACGCGCGUCGUACCCGUCGCUGUUCGCGUCCACGCACUGGGGAUACAUGGAGGGCGUGAUCGCGAGGUCGGGAUGGGGCGGCGUCGCGGCGUUGGCGGCGCCGCUGCCGUUGCAUCCGCUCGUGUUGAUGGGGAUGCUGUCGGGGAUGUCGUCGUUCUCGAUACUCAGCGCCGCGUUCGCAGGGCGGUUCGCGAAGUACUAUGUCAUGGGUCUCGUCGCGACUCGCGGCGAGGGCGUGUUAGCGGCGAUGCGCGGCGAGCGGCGGAGUGGGGGGAAGGAAGCGGACGACGCCGCGCCGGCGGCGGCGGGGGACGAGGACGAGUCGAAGAAGGAGAAGUGACGCGACGCGGUCGGUUAUUUCGCCGGGGGGAGCGUCGCGCGUAGGGCUAGUGGAGUUGUGAAGAGGACGCGUCGCCUCGCGUCGUCC